UUUUAUAUUUUUCAAUCGAAGUUGCAAAUUGCCGUAAAGUGUACUGUCUUUCCACGUUCGUCGCCGAAAUGUCCCAUCGGAAGUUUUCGGCUCCUCGCCACGGAUCUAAGGCGUUCCUCCCCAAAAAGCGCUCCAGGCGCCAUAGGGGGAAAUGCAAGUCUUUCCCUAAAGACGAUAAAUCAAAGCCCUGUCAUUUAACGGCAUUUUUGGGUUAUAAAGCAGGAAUGACCCAUAUUGUGAGAGAAGUUGAUAGACCUGGAUCCAAGUCCAACAAGAAGGAGAUUGUGGAGGCAGUUACCAUCCUUGAGACUCCACCAAUGAUGAUUGUCGGUGUGGUUGGCUACAUUGAAACCCCCAAGGGAUUGAGAGCUUUCAAGACCAUCUUUGCUGAGCACCUUAGUGAGGACUGUAGAAGAAGAUUCUACAAGAACUGGUACCGUGCCAAGAAGAAGGCCUACACCAAGUAUUCCAAGAAAUGGCAGGAUGAGGAUGGCAAGAAGGAGAUCGAGAGAGACUUUGCCAAGAUGAAGAAGUACUGCAAAGUCAUCCGUGUCAUUGCUCACACCCAGAUGAAGCUUUUGAAGAAACGCCAGAAGAAGGCCCACAUCAUGGAGGUGCAAGUAAACGGAGGCACCGUCAACCAGAAGGUAGACUGGGCCCGCGAGAAGCUGGAGAAGGCGGUACCUAUUGAGCAGGUGUUUGCCCAGGAUGAGAACAUUGACUGCAUCGGAGUGACCAGAGGAAGAGGAUUUAAAGGUGUAACAUCCAGAUGGCACUGCAAGAAACUGCCCAGGAAGACACACAAAGGUCUGCGUAAGGUUGCCUGUAUUGGAGCAUGGCAUCCUAGCAGAGUUCAGUUCAGUGUGGCCCGUGCCGGUCAGAAGGGAUACCAUCACCGUACCGAGAUCAACAAGAAGAUCUACCGCAUCGGCAAAGGCAUCCACACCAAGGAUGGCAAGGUCAUCAAGAACAACGGAGCCACAGAUUAUGACCCAGCUGACAAGACCAUUACUCCCAUGGGAGGCUUCCCUCAUUACGGAGAGGUCAACCAGGACUUUGUCAUGAUCAAGGGAUGCUGCAUGGGAUCCAAGAAGAGAGUUAUCACUCUUAGAAAGUCCCUGCUGGCUACGUUCAGGAAGAAGGCUAUGGAGAAGAUCAGCCUUAAGUUCAUCGAUACUUCCAGCAAGUACGGCCAUGGACGCUUCCAGACCUUCGAGGAGAAAAAGAACUUCUUGGGUCCUCUCAAGAAGGAUGCCCAGAAAGAGGCUGCAUGAAUGUGAAGGGACAGAAAAUAAAGAUUUGUGGCCAAAUGA